AUGAUCACGCCCUUUGAAUGUUCUCAGUUUGAACUUGCUGGAGGCUGUGAAUGCCGUGAUGGAUUUACACUUGAUUAUAAUAGAAAAGAUUGUACACGUUCUCUAGGAGUAAUAGAUGAAGGCUUAUCUGUAGUAAAGGAUGGCCGUUUCUGUUAUGCACUUACAGACGUAGCCUUUGGAAAUAACAGGACUUUCCGGUGUUCUGAUGAUUUAUUGAAUGUCAUAUCAAUAGAAUUUGAAAAGGAAAGAAAAAAAAUAAUGUAUCUGCAAGAAAACAACAAUACUUUUGAAAUUGGUGUGAUGGAGUUGGGUCUUUGGACAAGGGAAAUUUUAUAUACAAGUCAAACAGCAAUCAAAGGGUUUUCAUGCGUCGUGAAUGAAAAUAUGGAAGGAAUUUACUUUGCCUCAAACGAUUCCAUCAUGCGGUAUAACUUCAUAGAAACAGAUGUCAUACACAAGGAGAAAAACGUAAUUUUGUCGAUUGCCGUUGCGUCUGGGAGAAUCGCAUGGGUCACAGCAGAAAACUACUUUAUUAAAAUCUCUGACUUAGAUGGUAGCAGAAAACGAACCUUAGUGAAAGCCCUGGGAAUAAGAAACAUUUUCUUCAGUCCGCAUAUGAAAAGGCUGUUUUGGACGAGUUAUGAAGGUAUAAUGAGUAUAGACAAAGAUGGUAGAAAUCAACAAGUAAACAGAUAUACUCCGGGGGCCACAGUUGAUUCACUUUUACACUAUCAGAAUUUGCUGAUAUGGUCCAUGUCGACAGCUAAGGAAAACUUUAUAUGCUCAUCUGAAUAUGGAAAUGGAGCAGGAGCGAAACAAAGAUGUGUUCUCCUGGAAGGAAAAAUAACGGACAUUGUGAUAAAUGACAGACUGUUAUCAUCAGAAGACAGUUCGUCUUUUUGUUCAACUGGGUGUCAACAAAUGUGCCUAAAAUACCCUAAAUAUAAAAGAUAUAGAGGGAGAGAGGAAAAAUGCGGAUGUGAAUUUGGGUUUAGGGAGAGAGACAAUAAUUGUAUCAGAGUAUUAUGGGGGAUGGGGGUGUAUUUGUUGAUUGGAAUAGCUGCCAUGUGA